AGUGAUUGAGACCAAUCCACCAAUAAAUGCUGGAGUCAAACACACAGAGAAAUCACUCCAUGUGUGACAACUGAAAUCUUCAUGACAUAAUGUUGAUGCUGGUGAAAGAGGAGCUUGAGAAGAUGUCAGAUCCACAACAAUGCAGAAUAAAGGAUGAAGAUACUGAGGAACAAAUAGAUAUGAUGGAAGUGAAAGAGGAGAGUCAAGCUGAAGUGGAUGAGAAACAUCAGAUUGUAAAAAUAAACCAUAAUGUUUCACCGAAAGAAACUCUGAAGACAGAAGACAUAAAGUGUGAAAAUAGUUUCAGUGAAGAUGAACGACAUGCAGAUCACAAGAGGACUCACAGUGAGGAGAAACCUUUAUCAUGUCAACAGUGUGGAAAGAGUUUCAGAAGAAAAGAUAACCUUAAAGCACACAUGAUGAUUCACACUGGAGAGAAACUUUACACGUGUCAACUAUGUGAAAAGAGUUUCACCUUUCAAACGAACCUUAACCGCCACAUGAAAACUCACAGUGGGGAAAAGCCACACGCAUGCCAUCACUGUGACAAGAGUUUCAUAGAUAAAAGUCAACUUAAGAAACACAUAAGAGUUCACACUGGAGAGAAACCUUUCACGUGUCAACAGUGUGGAAAGAGUUUCAGAGUUGAAUGUAGCCUUAAGAUACACGCAAGAAUUCACACUGGAGAGAAACCGUUCACUUGUCAUCAGUGUGGAAAGAGUUUUACAGCUGCAGGUGAACUUAAGAAACAUUUGAGAAUUCACACUGGAGAGAAACCAUACGUGUGUCAACAGUGUGGAAAGAGAUUCAGGGCAAAAUCUAACCUUGAUGUACAUUUGAGCACUCACACUGAAGAGAAACCGUUCACAUGCCAUGAGUGUAAAAAGAGUUACAAAGCAAAAGCUACACUUAACAAACACAUGAGAAUUCACACUCGAUAGAAACCAUUAAUGUGUCAACAGUGUGGAUAUGGCAACAAAGUUUAGAAAUCAGCUGAGGUCUUAUUAAUAAAACUGUCUGGAGGAUCCUUACUAAAAGUCUACAUGCGCACAAAAGCCAAAAAUGGCGUACGGCAAAAAAGAUUCAGGCCGUUUCUCAAUCUGUGUUCUUGUAAAACGUCAUCAGUCGUGCCCCAAGUACUGUUCCAAUUCCAAGUUCACAUCAAGUCAAGUUCAUUUAACAUCCCCAGAUGUGUUCUUGAUCCGUUCUUUUUCUUAAGGAUGCAUGAGAAGGUGACUUGUGUGGACUUAUGACAGCCAAGUUAAUAAGUAUUUGUUACAUUUAUAUAGCGCUUUUCUCAGUGCUCAAAGCGCUUUACAUAUGAAUGGGGGAAUCUCCUCAACUACCACCAAUGUGCAGCAUCCACCUGGAUGAUGCGACGGCAGCCAUAUUGCCCCAGAACGCCCACCACACACCAGCUUAUUAGUGGAAAGGAGACAGAGUGAUAUAGCCAAUUAGUAUGAGGGAUGAUUAGUAGGCCAAUGGGCAAGUUUGGCCAGGAUGCCGGGGCACACCCCUACUCUUUUUCGAAGGACAUCCUGGGAUUUUUAAUGACCACAGAGAGUCAGGACCUCGGUUUAACGUCUCAUCCGAAGGACGGUGCUUUUUUUGACAGUAUAGUGUCCCCGUCACUAUACUGGGGUGUUAGGACCCACACAGACCACAGGUUUACACCCACAAGUAAAAGUGAUUGAGAUCUUCAGUGAAGCUCCUCUUACAACAAUACACCAAUAAAUGCUGAAGUCAAACACAAAGAGAAAUCACUCCAUGUGUGACAACUGAAAUCUUUAUGACAUAGUGUUGAUGCUGGUGAAAGAGGAGCUUGAGAAGAUGACAGAUCCACAACCAUGCAGAAUAAAAGAUGAAGAUACUGAGGAACAAAUAGAUAUGAUGGAAGUGAAAGAGGAGAGUCAAGCUGAAGUGGAUGAGAAACAUCAGAUUGUAAAAAUAAACCAUAAUGUUUCACAGAAAGAAACUCUGAAGACAGAAGACAUAAAGUGUGAAAAUAGUUUCAGUGAAGAUGAACGACCUGCAGAUCACAAGAGGACUCACAGUGAGAAGAAACCAGUGGAGACUCAUGUUAGAAGUCACAUAAAAGAAAAACCACACGCGUGCCAUGAGUGUGAAAAGAGUUUUAUGUCUGCAAGUUACCUUAAGAUACACAUGAGGUCUCACACUGGAGAGAAACCUUAUGUAUGUCAACAGUGUGGAAAGAGUUUCAGAAGAAAAUGGUACCUUAACGAACAUGUGAGAAUUCACACUGGAGAGAAACCACAUCUGUGUCAUCACUGUGGAAAGAGUUUUACAACUGCAAGUGAACUUAGGAAACAUUCAAGAGUUCACACCAGAGAGAAAUCACACAUGUGCCAUCACUGUGAAAAGAGUUUUACAACUAAAGGUAAUCUUAAGACACACAUGACACUUCACACUGGAGAAAAACUGUUCACAUGUCAUCCGUGUGGAAAGAGUUUUAGAAUGAAACGUGACCUUAAUAGACAUGUGAGAAUUCACACUGGAGAGAACCCAUUCACUUGUCAUCACUGUGGAAAGGGUUUUACGAUGAAAUGUGACCUUAAUAGACACGUGAUAAUUCACACUGGAGAGAAACCAUACUUGUGUCAACACUGUGGAAAGAGUUUCAGAACAAAACCUAACCUUAACCUACACAUGAGGAUUCACACCGGACAGAAACCACACGUGUGCCAUCACUGUGAAAAGAGUUUUACAACUAAAGGUAAUCUUAAGACACACAUGACACUUCACACUGGAGAAAAACCAUUCACAUGUCAUUUGUGUGGAAAGAGUUUUACAAUGAAAUAUGACCUUAAUAGACACGUGAGAAUUCAUACUGGAGAGAAACCAUACGUGUGUCAACCCUGUGGAAAGAGUUUCAGGACAAAAUCAAACCUUAAUGUACAUUUGAGAACUCACACUGAAGAGAAACCCUUCACAUGUCAUGAGUGUAAAAAGAGUUACAAAACAAAAGCUACACUUAACAAACACAUGAGAAUCCACACUCAAUAGAAACCAUUCAUGUCUCAACAGUGUGGAUAUGGCAACAGAGUUUAUAAAGAUCUUAUUAAUAAAACUGUCUGGAGGAUCUUUACUAAAAGUCUACAUGCGCCCAAAAGCCCAAGAUGUCUGUACUUGUGUUCUUGUGGACUUGUGAAACGUCAUCAGUCGUGGCCCAAGUACUGUUCCAAUUCCAAGUUCACAUCAAGUCAAGUUCACAUAACAUCUCAGGAUGUGUUCUUGAUCCGCUCAUUGUAUCGAGGAUGCAUCAGAAGGUGACUUUUCUGGACUUAUGAAAGACAAGUUAGAAUGCAUUUCACGUCAACGGCAAUGGAGCUUAAAACCUGCACAAUAUUUGAAAUAUUACUCUUUUGUGUCAUAAAAUGUAGCUUUUUAGUUGAAAAUAUUGAUGAAUAAACUAGUGUUGUAGUCAAGAC